ACCUCAAAAACAAAAAAAUCCCUGGAAAUUUACAUUUUUAACAAGUAAUUACUUUGGAGUACAGCCUUGCACGUGGAUUGUUUUUACAAGGACUGUCAACCCACAGAAAUAUUUUCAAACCUCAGUUUUGAGAGGCCUCUCUCGAACUGUGUGUUUUAGUGAAAAUCCAUUUGAAAGCAUUGCCUCUGACCAUCUCAUAGCUUUGGUCGAGGAUUUUUUGAAGAAUUACACAUUGCUUGGUAUUUGAUCAAUACUAAGUGAGCCUACUGAAAUCACCAGCAAUCUAGAAAUUAGAAUUAUUUUAUUCCAUAUUUAUGUUUGUAACUAAAAGAUUGUUAUUACUUUAUUUCAAAGCUACCCUAACUUCCUGCAUGUCUCCAGUUUAUCUGGUGGAGCUGAACUAAUCUGAGUAUAUUAUAAACACAAGCAAGUUAUUUUUUAAAAUGAACCUAUUUGUACUAAAAAUUUAUAGCUAGAAGAGUUCUCUACUAAACAUAUUAUCCAGAAGUGUGUGGAUCUUUAAAACGUUAAAUUAGAUGCUGGUAAAUAAAAAAUCACCUCUUACAGGUACAGCAAACACAAAAUACAGUAAACAAACAAACAUACAAACAUAUCUUUGUGCUAUAAUUUGUUAUUCUUUCUGGGGUUGUGGGAUUUCCACUGCUUUUUUUCCUUCUCUCUCUCUCUCUCUCUCUCUCGCUCUGUGUGUGUGUGUAUGUGUGUGGUGUGUUUUCUAGUCUGUAGAGAUGCAGAGUAGAAUUUUAAAUUAAAAUAUUCAGAUUAGUUACAAUCUAACUUAUCCCAGAGAGUGGAAGGAAAUGGAGAAAUUGUGUUGUAAAUUAAAGACAUUACUGCACAAGCCUCAAAUGAUGUUACUGGGGAUUUAAAUGUUUUUAUCUGGAUUCAGAUUAAAAGUCAUCAGUUUUCCCUCUCAUCAACAAUUUAUUCAUUUAUCCAUUAUAUUUUUAUGGAUUGAUAAUGCCCAACACCAUACUAAUUAAUCCAAUUUAUAAGAUAAUCUAACUAUAAUCUUAUUUAAGUUAGAAGGGUUUUGGCAAAUGUUCACUCUGGAAAACUGGGGUGUAAGAAUAUGGGCGAUCUCAAUUUUAUUUCUAUGUAUGUAAAAGGAAAGGCUUCAUAUCUAAAAUAACUUUACCUAAAUAUACAAAAUUGUUUGAGAGCAACAAAAGAGAGAAAAAUACAACUGUAAAAGGGCCAAGGACAGAGGGAUGGGCAAAUGAAGGAAAGGCAGAGAGGGUGAAAAGAGCUGGGGGAGAAAAUUCUGUGGAGGGGGUUAGGAGAGGGGUGGAGCCGGCACUCUUCCCUUAAAAGCUGAGUGAUAGCCCAAGAGAUAUAUAAAAGACUGGUUGAGCCAGGUAGGGAAAGCAGCCAAAAGCCGGGGACAGGCACACAGGUCCAGGUCUGUAGGCCACAGCAGCUGCAGAUCAGAGAGGCAGCAACGUCCAGACCUCCAGGAGCGACCAGGGCCAGGAUGUCUCGCCUGUUCUUGUUCCACCUACUAGGAGUCUGUUUACUCCUGAAUCAAAUUUUCAGAGCAGUGGUGGCCAACGGGAAGGACGACGUUAUUAAAGUAUGCGGCCGAGAGUUGGUUCGCGCGCAGAUCGACGCUUGCGGCAUGAGUACCGUGGACAAAAGGGUUCUGAGCCGCCAAGAUGCUCCUCCGCAACCUAAACUAGUGACAGAAAUUGUGCCAUCCUUCAACAGCAAAGAUACAGAAACCAUAAAUAUGAUGUCGGAAUUAAUUGCUAAGCCACAGGAGCUGAAGGCAGCCCCAUCUGGGAGGCAGUCAUUGUUACCAGAGCUACAACAACAUGUACCCAUAUUAAAGGAUUCAGAUCUUAGCUCUGAAGCAUUUAAGAAAAUUAUUCACAAUAGACAAAGUGAAGCCCCACACAGCAGUCCUUCAGAGCUAAAAUACUUAGGCUUGCAUGCUCAUUCUCGAAGAAAGAGACAAUUCUCCCUGGCACUGUAUGACCAAUGUUGCCUAAUUGGUUGUACCAAAAGAGCUCUUGCUGAAUUUUGCUGAGAUGAAGCUGAUUGUGCACAUCUCAUCUAAUAUUCACACAUAUUCUUGAUGACAUUUUCACUGAUGCUUCUGUCAGGUCCCAUUAAUUAUUUAAAUUUAAGAAAUCUUUAUUAAUGUUUAGAUUUUUCAUUUGAUGUAUAAGAAAAGACUUCAUAUGAUUGUACUUUCUAUAAAUGACACUUUUUAUGCUGAAAUGUCUUUUUGUCUUUUUAUUAACAGAAUGAUUAUGUUGUGUUAUUCUUUUUAAUGCUGCUAACUUAAAAUUACAAUAAAACUUUCACCACUUUAACCAUA